UCUUCUCCCUGAGGCACUAAAUCGAACCCCGUAAAACGUGAACCAAACCAGAAAGCUUCUCAAAAUUAAUGGCGUUGGUAGCUUUCAGAUUCAUCAAUGGACCGCGGCCCGCGCUCCGUCGAGCCUAUACCCCACAAAAAUCUAGGAUCAUACGAGCGUUCUCGGCGAUUAUGUCUCCGCCCUCCAGAGCCGUCGUCUACGACCGCCAUGGUCCUCCAGACAGCGUUACCAGAGUGAUUAACUUACCGCCGGUGGAAGUGAAAGCGAAUGAUGUGUGUGUGAAAAUGCUGGCUGCUCCGAUCAACCCCUCCGAUAUUAACCGCAUUGAAGGUGUAUACCCUGUGAGGCCGGAGGUGCCGGCAGUUGGAGGAUAUGAGGGAGUUGGAGAAGUGCAUUCAGUGGGCUCGGCCGUUCAGGGUCUUUCACCUGGUGACUGGGUUAUCCCAUCUCCACCUUCUUCUGGUACAUGGCAGACUUAUGUUGUGAAAGAUCAGAAUGUUUGGCAUAAAAUCAACAUGGAAGUACCCAUGGAAUAUGCUGCUACCGUUACUGUUAAUCCCUUGACUGCUCUGAGGAUGCUGGAGGACUUUGUCUCUUUAAAAGCAGGAGACUCGAUUGUUCAAAAUGGAGCGACAAGCAUAGUUGGACAAUGUGUCAUACAGCUUGCUCGGAUUCGCGGCAUCCAUAGCAUAAAUAUUAUUCGUGAUAGGGCAGGGUCUGAUGAAUCAAAAGAAAAACUCAAAAGACUUGGAGCUGAUGAAGUUUUCAGUGAGAGUCAGCUUGAAAUAAAGAAUGUUAAGAGCCUCUUGGCAAACCUACCUGAACCUGCUUUGGGAUUUAACUGUGUUGGAGGCAAUGCUGCUACAUUAGUUCUUAAGUUCUUGAGGCAAGGAGGAACAAUGGUAACAUAUGGUGGCAUGUCUAAAAAACCAAUUACCGUGUCAACCUCAUCUUUCAUUUUUAAGGACCUUUCUCUGAGGGGAUUUUGGUUGCAGAAAUUGAUGGGUACAGAUAAAGCAAAAGAGAGUAGAAAGUUGAUAGAUUACCUGCUGGAUUUGGCACGUCAAGGAAAGUUGAAAUACGAGAUGGAGGUGGUUCCUUUUGACAAUUUCCACAUUGCACUCAGCAAGGCGCUUGGUAUGCAGGGUAGCCAACCUAAACAGGUCAUCAAAUUCUAACCCUCUGGACACUGAUAUGCAAUUUGCCUUGCUUUUCCAGGACCAUACUAUAGGUGUAGGUGGUUUCCAAGUUUGUUCAUGAAUUAGUUAGAUACUAAGAUCUGAAAGAAAUGCCCCUUUUGUUCCAAUGAAAAGCCUUGUUUCAAUUCCAACCCUUCCUAGAAAGUGGGAAUAAAGCCAACUAGUGUUGUGCUCAUUAUGAGUUUUAGAAACUAAGAAGUGAAUGUUCAAAUUGCUAGGGGCAACAUUUGAGUCACUUGUGAAGCUUCUGUAAUUUGAUGAAUAAAGUUAAACUUAUAGUUCAGGUCGGGUUUGUUUU